GAUACUUUAAAUGUCGACAUCACUCAGUGCUCGAAUCAUUAGUUUCUGUAGACUUCUGCCUGACAACACAGCUCAUAUACUUCCUCCUCCUGAUACCGAAAUUACAUUAUGGUAUUUGAUACAGACGGUCACUUUGCCCUGCUGAGAGCAGUGUCAGCCGGUCGGCCCCGACAGGUACGGCUUCUCCUGGGAUCAGGGAUUGGAGUCAAUCACACAGAUGCAAACGGCCAAUCGCCUCUCAUCCGAUCCAUUUUUGUUGAGAAUUCCCGUUAUCGCAUGAAGAUAAUUCGUAUGUUACUUCGUCGGGGAGCAGUGGUGGCGCACCGAGACUGUCUUGGCCGUAGUGCAUUGGUCUGGGCGUGCCUGCGUGGCCUGGACUGCGUCGUAGAACUGUUUCUCAAAAAGACUGAUGGAGACAUCAAUUUGAAUGACUCUGACGUAAACGACUGCACUCCGCUCUUCCACGCAGCAACAUCUGGCAAUGCAGCCACCACAAAACUGCUAGUAGAUGCUCUCCGCCGGUAUGACCUUAGCGUUGACAUAUCAAACGAAGAUGGUAUCACACCACUCAUGCAGGCGAUCCGACUUUGCAACGAUGUCUGCGCCAGUAUACUCCUUCAUCAAGGCAAGGCCUCUGUAUCUAUUCGGGACAAUAACCGUCGAAGUGCUCUAGAUUGGGCAGAGGCCACUCGCCACAUCAAGACUAAUUUCCUGCCGCUGAUAGAGAAAUCGAAGACUGAACGGCCAAAAGCAGGAAAGUCUGGACGGCGCGGUCGUCUCAUCUCCGUUUCUUCCAUGAACGACAGCGAUUCAUCAGACAACGAAUCUAGGUAUUCAAAUGAUAUGGUAGCAAGAGACGGAAUCCAGCUGGACGGUGACGACAUGAGCGUGUGCAGCGAUGACAAGUCAUUGAGCUCUUGUUCUAGUAGCCAGACCUCCUCCUCCUCUUGUGACUCUUCCCCAGAAACCAUCCAAAGAAUGUUUUGCAGAACACCGAUGUCCUCUUGCAAAGACUCCAGCUGCCACUGCCUCGCAGAUAACAGUGAUGUCUCCAACAACGACCCCAUCAAGAAGCAAUUACAACCAGACCAGAAGCACCAUCUACCGCAGCUUUAUCAAGCUUACGCCAUUCAGCUGACUGACACUUUCAGACCUGGUUACCAGCCGACUUCAACCAGGGCACCAUUAGCAAGUGGAGACUUUAACCAUGAUAAUUGCCAACUUGAAUGCUGCACAACAGAGAAGGGCAUCGAGAUAUCGGAAGAGAAACUUCUAAAGGUCGUCCAGGCCAACAGGAAACAGAGGGAGAACAUCUCCAAACAGAAUUCAGGAUCACCCACCAACUCAUCCCGCCUUCCUAGCUUGAGACGUCAGCUUACUAAUAAAAGAUUCCAGGAAGCCUACAAAAACCGCAUCGGAUUUUCAACCAAUCAUCUCGCCCUCAACGACAAUACAGAACAAUCUCCAAAUGACGUUACUGUGAAGCAGACGACAGGCACCAAUAAACACGAGGAACAGAAGCAGACCUUUCCCUCUAUAUCGCCAGGAAAACGUUCUCUCGUCGGUUCUGACAACGUGGAGAGGUCUGAUGAACUUUUAAAGAAAGAUAUUGGCAAGAUUCUCUCGAGUAGUGCGCACUAUAUUUCUAUUUAAGUAGUAAAUAAAGCCAAUUAUUAGCUUUAAAACAAACAAACAAACAAAUGGAUCGAAUGCUAAAUUUUGUUUUAUUCAUGUAAGAAGAUUGAUCUUCAUGCAAAGUUUUAUGAACUGAGUUUUCAAUUGCGAAAACCCCCCGAUAAUCAGAAAGAACAACACUUAUCGAUGCCCUAAGGCACGCACUAAGAAAGCUAUACAUUUAUUCAAUAUGAUUUCAGAAAAUACCAACUGAUUUAAUGGUAAAUUUCUUUUUAAAUCAAGAUAUAUUGAACACUUGGCUUAGGCUCAAUUAUUCAAUGAUGUUCCAGCUCGAUAUCAUAUUUCCAAAAGAUAACCGAAUUUUCUCACUUUGUGGGUGAGAUUGUUUAUUAGUGGAUGGAUUUUGUCGUUUACUCUAUCGUUGGUCGUCAUUAUUUACUUGAAUUGAUAAUAAACAUUGUUACAGUACGACAUUGAAUGUUUAGGUCCAGCUUUAUUGCCUAAUAAAAAAAGUUCAUAUGAA